UGUUGAUCAGGUAUAGCUCCAGAACGAAACAUCAGAACAAAAAGAACAUCACUCAAGGCAGACGCAGCAUUUUUAUCCAGAGCUGUUGAGCUUGAAUCAUGGGGAAGAUAUCUAUUAUUUGCAUUGUUCUGCUGGGCAUGGUGCAUGGGCUCGCAGCCCUGUCCUGUAUCGUAUGCAGCGAAAGAGAAUGUGAGAAACCAAGGGGCUGUAAGAAAGGUACCGCAUUAGAUGUGUGUGGUUGCUGCGAGGUCUGUGUUAAGCUUGAGGGAGAGACCUGUGGUGGCCUUUGGGGUCUGGAUGGCACAUGUGCCAAAGGAUUGACAUGUGUCAUCGAAGAACCUGAUGAAACUGAUCCAUUCAUUUAUCCCUUUGAUGCCGGAAUAUGUCAAAAGGUAAAGAAAGAGAAGAAAGAGAAGAAAGAGAAGAAAGAGAAAGAGGAAUGAGAGGAAAGAGAGAAGAAAGAGGAAGAAAGAGAGCCAAGCUUAAAGCUCUGAAAUGCCUACAUAUACAUAAGGCAAUAAUCUAGAAGUUGUAAGAUGUCUGAGCACCUACUUUAUUUAUAAGGCAUUGGAAAGAAGGUGUUAUAAGACGUAUUUAGGCAACAUGCCAGAGCUUUUCAUGAGGUAGUUGCUAUAAAAAGCAAUAUGUCUCAUUCAGUUUUAAAUAGACGACAAGAUGUUAAAUCAUGGUUCUAAUCAGGGGUGGGUACUGGUACAUCGCACUGGACAGGUCCAGAAAAACAACAACAGAGGACCGGAUUUGGACACAAAACUGACAGGCUGUAUUUUUCACAGGUGUUCAAAUGUUUUGGGCUUACCUGAGUUAAAUAAAAUAAUAUUAGAGCAAAGUUGAGUGUAUAGUAGCCUGAUUAAAUCUCGAAUAUAGCAGCCCGCCCAAUAUUCUCUGGCCUCGGACAGCAGAGUUUGUGUUACACAGACUAGAGUGUAUAGUAAUUUUGACCAACUUUCUACUGUCAAACAUGGUCUAAGCAGGAUGAAGGCAGGAUUUUAAUGCCAAUGGGAGUUGGAUACUCCAUCCAACAGAUUCCUUUGUAGUAAAAUAGACCAUUAUGAGUUUUCACUGACAAUCAGGUCCAGAUUUAGGUCUGGACCUGAUCCUCUCGACCUUAACCAGGACUUGUAUCUGAAAUUUCUGUACCAUUACCCACCCUAGUUGUUAUGUACCUGAAACUGUAAAUGAAUGCAGAGAAACAGACAUAAAAAUAAACUUCAGUGGAAAUAAAUUUAA